AUGGCGAGGCGGCCCUCCCCUCGCCCCGACAGCAUCCACUCCAAAGACGCGCACCCCGCGCCGCUGGGCUGUGUGCAGGUGAAACCAAUUUCGGUAAAUUUCCCCACUCGGCUCUCCGCACAGAUAACUCGAGCUCCAAACGCAAGAGCCUCGACCGAGGAGGAAAGCCCGCCCAGCACAGGGCGGAACGGGCGCCCGGACUCCCGGCUGCAGCCCCCGCCCCGCAACCCAGAUGGAAGCGUUCGCUGCGCCCCCGCCUCCCGCCAAGAAUCCGGCUCAGUCUACACCUCGGUCUUCCGGGCUCCCCCAAACCAGAAAUCCACUCACUCAGACAAGGCUUUGAUCUUCCAACUUUGCCAGGGAGCAGAGAAGCCUCACGACCCGUCGCCCCCGCGCCCCCCGCCUCCUGGAGCCGCAAACCCUACAAAACCGGAUCAGAAACCGUCUCACGCUACCACUGCCUGUCAAGGGGAGGAUCAAACUCGGGAGAGGGCAGGGGCGGGCCGGCGGGGCGGGGGGCGCGACCCCGAACCGGGGGCGGGAACCCUGGGCUCCGGGUGGGCGCGCGUGGCCCCCGUGCGGGGCCUCAGGCCGCCGGUAGCGCCGCGUUCCCCGGGCGGAGGGGAGGUGGGGCGGCCCCGUUACCUGGAAGACCAAGGCGGCCCGAGGCCCGGCUCUCAUCUCCGCCGAGCCCCCCCGGCCCGCCCCCCGGCCCCAAUCCACCCCGACGCGUCCAGAGCCCCGGUGGGCGCUCGCAGCCCCCGAGCCCGGGUCGGAGGCGCCCGCAGGAGAAGCGCGGAAAGCGGCAGCCGGUCCAGCAAUGGCGACGCGCGGAGGCUCGGCCUCUCCGCACGAGGGGCCGGAGCGGCCGGGGGCGCGGGGCCGGGCGGCAGGAGAGACGCGGGGGACGCGGGCGCCCCGGGCUCGGGCCGCUCGGGCGCGCAGACUGAGCCUCGGCCGGCGCUCGGGGCCCCUCUGCGCGGACCGGGGCACUCCGGCGCACACUCGCACCCAGACUCCCAUCCAGCACCGCCCCGGCGCGGCGCCCCCGGGGGAGGGGGAUCUGCCCCCGCUCCGCCCCCGCCGCGGCCGCCACUCGCACAAGUCUCUCCGCCGGGCCCCCGCCACCCCGGCCGAGCCCCCCGGAGCGCCGGGCGCCGCGCCCGCCGCCCCUCUCCGCGCCCGCCCGGAGCGCGCCCCGAAAUAGCCGGCCUGCCCACUUCAAAGGGCCGCCCGGCACAUCAAAGCGCGCGGGCCGCCCGCCGCCUCGGCCUCGCACUCACCAGGGGUCCGCGCGCGCGCUCCGCGCCCAGACCUCGCGGGCGCCCCGGGCAGGGCCUCGGCCCCGGCCCCCGGAUCGGCUCGCCGCCGCGGCCCCGGGCCCCCCCGGGCCGGUCCCGGCGUCGGGGAACAUGGGGGAGUCGCACGGCCGGGGAGGGAGUGCGGGGAACCCGGCGGCGAGGGAGAGGGCAGAGGCGCGCCCCGCCGCCCCUCUUUCUGCGGAAGAUCCGAGUGGGCCUCGCCCCCGCCGCGGCCGCCCUCGGCCCCUCCGGCCCCCGCCCGGCCCGGCUUUCGACACGGGCCCCGCUUCCAGCAGCCACUCCGGGCACCCAACGUCCUCCGGGCGCUUCCAACAAAAACUGCGCCGUGGAUUUCACUGUGCACUUCAAAGGCGCGAGCCGGCGCACGGUCCUGAAAGGGAGGUACGCGCCCGCCGCGCUCCGGGCCGCCCCCGGGCCCCCGCCGCCCCUCUCCGGGGCCGUCCGGCUCGCGGCCGCCCUCCCGGCCGCCUCUCGGCCGGGCCGGACCCCCUCCCGCGCCCUGCGCCCGCGACGCGGCUGGGCGCGACCUCGCCCCCGGCCCGGGGGGGCCCGGCUCGGAAGCGGCUCGGCCGGGGCCGCGCCUCCGCCCCCACCUUUUACAGCACAGCUUUCGCCGGGGGAGACGGGCGCCUCGGACGCCCGGCGGCCCGGCGAUCCAUGA